AUGGCACGAAGAGGUACGAGGGAUGGCUACAGAAGGAGUCAGGGCGCCCUGGGAGCUCUGCCCGACAGUGAGCCUGGCGUUGCAGCAUUCAGAAAUAUUCCAUUCAGCCGCAACCCUAAUGCGCUGGACCAGCCUCAGGAUGGAAGCCCAGCCGGGCUCCGGAGGUGGCUGGCGGCCGCCCGGGCACUCCAUCCUGGGACGCCAGGAGGCGAGCGCCGCUCUCCGCCUGGAUCGGACUCGGCUCGCUCCCUCCGGCCCAGUGUCUUGUUCCCAAGAGAGGGCAGCCGGAGGCCCCAAGCAACGGGCCGGCGUUGCCAUCGCCCCCAACCCCUGGCUGGGGACCCAGCCCAGAAGGCGAACCUGCACCCGCCCCCAGCCACGAGGAGGAAAGCCUGUUGCUGCUGGCGCCCCCCCCCCGGGGGGCUCUUUCCUCUGCCGCCGCGUGGCCAGGAGAUGCUGCUCCGCCCGCGGGGGUUCCCUGAUCCAGGGCAGAUGGACGAUGCGGGCCGGGGGUGGGGGUCUUCUCCAGGCCGCUUUGCGCCCCCCCCCCCACGGGCUGGGGCACAAGGCAGCCUCUCCAGUCCCACGGUCGUCGUCCCCCGUGGAGGACGGCGCCCCUCACCCAGCCUCUGGGCGGCGGGGCGGGCGACGCCUGCCUGGGGGAGUCAGGGGGCUCCCCGCACGGAUCAGGAGGCACCGCCCCGGAGAGGAGAGGAGAGGAGCGGCACUCCGGGGAGGGCAGGCGGGCGAGCCUUCCCCGGGCGGCGGCGGCUCUUCCUCCCCCGCCCUCCAGCCCCCGCAGGUGCCCCCGACGUGCCCCGGGGCGGCACGUGUCUCCCCCCCCCCCCCGCUCACCUGGCCCGGGCGCAGCGGCUGCCCAGCGACGAGCCUCUCCGGCCGGCGGCUCCUCGGCGCCCGGCGUGCGGGCUGGCUGAGGCGGCGGCGGCGGCGGCGCGCAGCGGGCGCAGGGGCGCGCCUGGACCCAGCCAGCCCCUGGCGCCCGGGCGGCAGCGGCAGCAGCAGCAGCAGCGCUCGCCUCCGGAGCGCCGCGCCGCCGUGACUCCGUGCCGAGGAGCGCUGGCCGGCAGCCGCCCUUUGCUGCUCCCGCGGCGGCAGCGGCAGCGGCAACCUCCGCGCCAGUCCGACUGGGGCGAGGCGGGCUAG